AUGGGAGAACCCAUAGGAGAAAGGCCUGAAGAUAUAAACUUGACAACUUACAUGACACCAGACAAAAAUGGUUAUUUCGAACUUAGAGGCGUUGUUAAAGAGUUGAGCCGAAUUGAUCCAUAUCUUUACGUCCGACACUCUUGCAAGGGUAAAGAAGAGAUAUACUGCUGGAUCAUCCCCGGAGAUUGCAUAAACGACGGCUGGAGGGCGAAGAGAUAUUGUUCGUACUUGAGAGACCUCGCUGUUAAAAACGAUAGCGACAGCAGGUGCUUUGGUCACUGGCAUAUGCGCUUCGACAAUGUUUCCGAAGCUCUCGCAUGGGUUACGGACGGAGUCAAACGCAUGUUUAGUUCAAUUAAAAAUGCACUCUUUCGUUAACUUCCCGCCAGUUA